CGCCAACGUGUCAACAGAUCUAGCACCGCCAACUCACAUGGCAUCAUGGGUUGUAUAAUAAAAUACACACACUAGAAGGCUUCAAUACGACGCUAUGUAUUUGCGUUUCGAUGUAAUUCCACUUUCUUCUAUUUAAAUAAAUCAUUCACCUCCUCCUUGUACAUUUCCUUUACAUUGAACCAUCACUCAGUGGACUGCACUCCAUAAUUAGAAAAACAAAAAAAAAAACAAAAGAAAGCAAAAAAAUGGCUCGGCAAUUUGUUAUCAUUGCGAUCUGCAUCGUCCUCGUCGCCGGCGUCGGAGGCCAAGCUCCGUCUUCACCACCAACAGCUACACCAGCACCACCGACUACAACCACUCCACCACCAGCAUCGACUCCUCCUCCCGUCUCAGCUCCUCCACCAGUCACCACUUCUCCCCCUCCAGCCACCACCGCUCCUCCUCCCGUCGCUACUCCUCCCCCAGUCGCUUCCCCACCUCCAGCAACUCCUCCUCCCGUCGCUACUCCUCCUCCCGUCGCUACUCCUCCCCCCGUCGCUACUCCUCCUCCCGUUGCUACUCCUCCUCCCGUUGCCACUCCUCCUCCAGCAACUCCUCCUCCAGCUCCUCUUGCAUCUCCUCCCGCUCAGGUUCCGGCUCUUGCUCCGGCUACAAAGCCAGACGCUCCUUCAUCAUCGCCGUUGUCUAGCCCGCCUCUUCCGGCGACUGAUGCUCCGGGACCGAGCGUCGAUUCGCUCUCUCCAGGACCUUCCACCGAUUCCAAUGACCAGCAAGGGAAUUCUAUUCCGCGCCGUCUCGGUUUCGCCGAUUUUCGGACCGUUGCCGUAGCUUCUGUCUCGAGAUCUUCGAACUCGAGCCGUGGCGCAUGGGUAGGGGUUCAGGAGUCACGUGAGUUGGCAGUAUGCACGUGA